AUGGUAGAGGAGCCAUAUGUAGUCUUGUCUGUCUCCACCCCUGAUCCAUUUGACAAAUUCAGGCCUAUUUCUUUUAAGGAUGAAUACCAUGAAGGUUUACGCACUGUGAACAGAGAUGAGCUGUUGAAACAGGCAGAAUCUGUGAUGCAGGAUCUAGGCAGUUCAAGAGCCAUGUUGGAAAUCCAGUAUGAGAAUGAAGUUGGUACAGGCCUGGGCCCUACGCUAGAGUUCUAUGCACUUGUAUCUCAGGAACUACAGAGAGCAGACUUAGGCCUUUGGAGGGGAGAAGAAGUAACUUUAGCCAAUCCAAAAGGAAGCCAAGAAGGUACCAAGUAUAUUCAUAAUCUCCAAGGCCUUUUUGCACUUCCUUUUGGUAGAACAGCUAAGCCAGCUCACAUUGCAAAAGUUAAAAUGAAGUUCCGCUUUCUGGGAAAACUAAUGGCUAAGGCAAUCAUGGAUUUUAGACUGGUGGACCUUCCUCUUGGACUUCCUUUUUAUAAAUGGAUGUUACGCCAGGAAACUUCUUUGACGUCGCAUGACUUGUUCAGUAUUGAUCCAGUAGUAGCCAAAUCAAUAUAUCACCUUGAAGAUAUUGUAAGACAAAAGAAAAGACUUGAGCAGGACAAAACACAGACCAAAGAAAGUCUACAGUAUGCAUUGGAAACUCUGACUAUGAAUGGCUGCUCAGUGGAGGAUCUAGGGCUGGAUUUCACACUUCCUGGGUUUCCUAAUAUAGAGCAAAAAGGGGGAAAAGAUACACCGGUCACCAUCCACAAUUUAGAGGAGUAUCUCAGAUUGGUUAUAUUCUGGGCACUUAAUGAAGGUGUUGCCAGACAGUUUGAUUCUUUUAGAGAUGGAUUUGAGUCAGUCUUCCCCCUCAGUCAUCUUCAGUACUUCUAUCCUGAGGAGUUGGAGCAACUCUUAUGUGGCAGCAAAACAGACACAUGGGAUGCCAAGACCUUAAUGGAAUGUUGCAGGCCAGAUCACGGUUAUACACAUGACAGUCGAGCAGUGAAGUAUCUCUUUGAAAUUCUCAGUAGCUUUGAUAGUGAGCAGCAGAGACUGUUUCUUCAGUUUGUGACUGGUAGUCCCAGGCUGCCAGUAGGAGGCUUUCGAAGUUUGAAUCCUCCACUGACAAUUGUACGGAAGACAUUUGAGUCUACAGAGAAUCCAGAUGACUUCUUGCCCUCAGUAAUGACUUGUGUGAACUAUCUCAAAUUGCCGGACUAUUCAACUAUUGAGAUAAUGCGUGAAAAACUCUUGAUAGCUGCAAGAGAAGGGCAGCAGUCAUUCCAUCUUUCCUGAUCACAAUGAAAAAUGCAAUGUCUGCCUGUUACAGCAAAAGAGAAACUCAUGAUUCUUUUCUAAAUAUAUCACCUGAGUCAAGGAAACGUGUUACGCCUUCUUGUUGUAGAAAAACGGCUUGCAGAUUAUAAACAAAGACACUUGGUUGAUAUUCAUUAAAGGCCCCUAUGGACUUAAAAUGUUCAGGCCCUAAAAAGUUGUUGUGACAAGGUUUCUUUAGCAAGUUCUUGUUUAAAUUAUCAUUUAUUUGACGAGUGAAGUUUUUAACUUGCUUUGCUGUGUGAAAUUUAAAAAGGGAUGUUUUUCCAGGCUGGAACAAUAAAUGUCGCUGUGCAGUUUAAUACUGGGCUGUGUGUAUCCAUCUAGCUGAAGUCUGAAAUUUUUCCUCCAAAGACAACUUUUGUACAUAAGUACAGAAAUUAAAAUACACCAUGUAUUUGACGAAUCUAGUUUAGUAGACUAGUUCUGUGUACCCUCACCUGCCUCUAAUUUUACCCAUCCUCAUGUAUUGUCUGAUGUGCAAUUCACUUGGUUCUUUUGUGUGCAACAUUCAACAAUUGUUAUGUUUUGGCUCGUGAGCAUUUAAUUGCUCCAUGCCUCUUUCUCUGAUUAAGAUAAUUUAAAUUUUACUGAAAUCAAAUAUAUAUUGUCAAUAUAAUUCAGCCUUUGUAACUAGGUAGAACCUUUCUUAUAGCAUAGUUUACUGUAGUGGUAGGAUAUACUGGUGGAAGUCUUCACCAGUCGGCGCUCUAGAGCUGUUUACACAGUGAUUCAGGCAGCAGAGGCCUCUUACUAGAGGCUGGGAAGAUUUUCAUGUAGUUCAAGUCCCAACAGUUUGGGCUGGCCAGUGUGUAUUGUGGUAAGGCCAGAGCAUUUUGAAUUGAUGUAAAGUUUUUUUAAAAGACAAAUUAAUUGUUUAAUUCCCUGUUUGAGUAAACAGUUUUCUUGUUCUUGAUCUAAGUUCUGGGUUACUUUUGUAGUUUUUUUUUCUCCCCUCAGCGCUAGCUUGGAUCAAACAGUUCAGCCUUUGUCUUUUGACACAGAUAAAGCACCUGUAAGCAAUGCUCUGUCCAACUGUUUUAUGUGCUGAUUUCUCAAAUCUGCAAUAAUUUACUUCAUCAGGUUAAUGUUUUUACCUGAAUAUAAAUAAAAAAGUUUGCUUCA